AUGAUGGGUAAGGAAAACCACUCAGUGGUAACUGAGUUUAUCUUCAUGGGUAUCACACAAGACCCUCAGCUGCAGAUCAUCUUUUUUGUGGUCUUUUUCAUUGUCUACCUGGUUAAUGUGAUGGGGAAUGUUGGCAUGUUCAUUCUGAUAUUAACAGACACUCAGCUUCAUACCCCCAUGUAUUUUUUUCUCUGCAACCUCUCCUUUGUUGACUUGGGAUACUCCUCAGCCAUUGCUCCCAGGAUGCUGGCUGACUUCCUGACAAAGCACAAAGUUAUCUCCUUUUCCAGCUGCGCCACCCAGUUUGCUUUCUUUGUAGGUUUUGUGGAUGCUGAGUGCUACAUUCUGGCUGUAAUGGCCUAUGACCGCUUUGUGGCCAUCGGUCGACCCCUCCACUAUAGCACUCUCAUGUCCAGGAAAGUUUGCCUUGCUCUCAUGCUGGGCUCUUACCUCGCUGGUACAGUGAGUCUAGUAGUUCACACUUCCCUCACUUUUAGCCUCAAUUACUGUGGUUCCAAUAUUAUCAACCAUUUCUUCUGUGAAAUCCCACCACUCUUGGCUCUGUCCUGCUCAGAUACCUACAUCAGUGAGAUAGUGCUCUUUAGUUUGUGUGGCUUCAUUGAAUUCAGCACCAUCCUUAUCAUCUUCAUUUCCUAUGCCUUUAUCCUCAUUGCAAUCAUCAGAAUGCGCUCAGCUGAAGGACGCCUCAAGGCUUUCUCCACCUGUGGGUCUCAUCUAACUGGUGUUACCCUCUUUUAUGGUACAGUCAUGUUCAUGUACCUGAGGCCUACAUCCAGCUACUCCCUGGACCAAGACAAGUGGGCCUCUGUGUUCUACACUAUUAUCAUCCCUAUGCUGAACCCCUUGAUCUAUAGUUUGCGGAACAAGGAUGUGAAAUCUGCUUUCAAAAAACUGAUUGGGAAGAGACCUCAAAAUAUGUUUUCACAGAGGUAA